CAAGAUUUCGUGAAUAUUCAAGAAGUUUAUUCUCUGACGGUGUAAAUGAGAAACUAUGGCACUACGCGAUUAACUAGCGAAAUCCCACUUUGUAGUUCAGGGUGUUUUGUGGACGGGUUGAAGACAAUCCCAAUUUCUCUUUGCACUCAUAGGAAUCAAUAGCCAUGUCUACCCACAAAUUGGUUCGUAGUCUCAGCACCAGGGCUGUCAAAAAAGUUGAGAAGCCUAAACCCAUGAAGAACACAUUACUAAAAUGCCCAGAUUCACCCCAGUCCACAACAACCCUUGAAGAAAUCAUGGCAUUAAUAAACAGCGUGUCUCAGUCAGUUGUGCAGAAAAAUGCAAGUCAAGACAAAGAACUCUUAUCGUUAACUACUAGUUUAAUGGCUAAGAUGAAAAUGUAUGGCUCCCGGUUGGAAGAAUGUUUUGAAGCUCAACUUGACAGAGCAUUUAUUAAUUUUCGAAAUGGUGCCAAAGGCGAUUCAAUCCAAGAUCAUGCAGUUAAAUUGAACUUGCUUCAUCUUAUCGAACUAAGGGCAAUGCAGUGGCAGACCAAUGUUGCCAUGAACAAUUAUUACACUAAAGGAUCCUCUGUGCAUGAUGCUUCAGAUAUUAUGGAUCCUAGUGUGUCAUCCACAUAUUUUCCACAAAAUCUCAUGCUUGCCCCUGGUGAAGUAAUCAAAUCAUCUGGUAAAUUUACAAGUCCUACAAAGUUGCCAGGGAAAAAUUACUGUAAGGAUGAAAUCGUUAUAAGAAAUGCCGACUCUGGAAAAGUGAUGGGGAUCAAAGGAAGAAGAGUUCACAUGAUAGAGGAACUGAGUGAAACUGUCAUCUCUUUUCAGAGAGUUAAUCCAGGUGCAAAAGAGAGACUUGUUCAAAUAACAGGACCAGAAGAAGAUAAGAUUAUGUUUGCUAAGCAGUUGAUUGAAGAGACUAUAAAACGAAAUGCUUCUCCCAUAAGAGAAGUCGAAAAGGAAGUUGGAUCUAAUUCAAGUUUGAACAGUAGCAUCUCUGAAGAUGUCUCAAAUAUAGGACCUGAGGAUUAUACAUUUUCAAUAUGCCAAGGUGAUAAAAGAGUAAUGAUUCUAAAAGGUCAAGAUCUAGAAUUACUUAAGAAUGCUAAGGUUUUGCUUGAACAAUAUUUACCAAAAAAGAGUGGAGGCCCACAAAACAUACAUAAAGCACAAUUGUUUCUCAACGAUGAUCUGGAUCCUGAUUUUGUAAAUUCAGCAAGUUCUACGCUUAUUGAUGAAAGUGUUAAUGCAAUUAACAAUGCAGUCCUCCAAGAGGCACUGUAUGUAAACAGUACGAAGGAAGUAUUCCCAAACAAUAUCCAUGAAAACGAAACGAAAAAUGUACAAACAUCUUCAGUAAAUAGAUCACAUUCUUUCAAAGGAAUGGAAUUCAAAGAAUAUGAUAGUCCGCCAAGAAGGAACGCUAAAGAGAAAACUGAAGAAUUACUUAAAACUAAUAAUUAUGAGAAAGGGCCAUUAAAGUCAAACACAGGUUGGAGAAUAGAUCCUUUUAAAUCAACUGGCAAUAAUAUUCACAAAAAUCCUUGCACAGAGCCUGUUAGAGGAAACAAAAUUGAUUCUUAUGUUGAAAAUUCUUCCCAAAAAUCUAAAGACUCACCAGAAAAAGAAGUUUCUUUAGGAUAUGAGGGAAAUGACAAAGAAGUAUCUCCUAAAGAAAAAGAAGUGCCAUUGAAACCAAAAGCUCCUUGCAUAGAGUAUACGAAGCAUUUUUUAAUGGACUGUUCCUCGUCCAAGGCAUCAUUAAAAUAUCCAGCAGAUUGGGAAAAAAUUUGCGCCCAAUUUCCAAAUAUAACGAAGGAGAAUCCAGUUUAUUUUGAUGCUGCUGCUUAUACUAAAAGAAGGAAUGAUUACAUUGAACAAUGCCAUGAAUUGGCAUCAAAUUGCACUUUACUUGAGACUGAAAAUUAAAAAUUGGGUGGUAGAGAAUCUAAUCUUCAUAUAUUAAAUUUUUAUUUUUAGAUAUGUUUUAAAAUGUUAACAUUUUGUUCUUAUGAACUUUUUUCAACAUUUUAAGACAUUACUACCCACAAGACAUAACUAAUAUUAGGCAAUAAUUUUUUUUUCAUUGUUUAUUAUGGUUAUUAUUAUUUUACUACUAUAAUCAUUAAAUUGUGAUAUUACUUAAAAGAAAGUAUUGACCAAACCAAAUAUUAGAACCAUUAAUAUUCAGAUGACAUGACAACCUGCAUUUUGAUUGUUUAUAAAAAAGAGAGAAUUAUCAAUCCUAAGUUUUUCCUAUUUGUACUAUUAAAAAGAAAGUUUGUAAAAGCUAUGUAAAUAAAGUUUAUUUAUAACCAUGAAA